AUGAUGAGUGUGGAAGAAUUUGUUGCUAUUGCUUCUACAAGCAUAUUCGUAUCGGGAACGGUAUUGAACAUCAUCUUCAUUUAUGUGAUUAUAAAUGGAACAAGGAGCGCUGUCGGUCAAGCUUACAAACAUAUCUUGAUUUCUUUUGCAAUAUGCAAUAUCAUUUUCGCAUCAAUGGAAUUUAUUGCAAAACCAGGUAUCUUCAUAUACGGUACCUCUCUGAUGACGUUCAGCCACGGAUUCUUCCAGUCAGUGAAACCAUGGGGUUUCCUGUCGCUCUGUUUUUUUAUAACAAUGUAUGGCAUCAAUACGGCUCUGUUAACACUCCAUUUCGUAUACCGAUACGUUGCCUUAUGCAGGCAUAACCUAUUGCAUAUCUUCGAAGAAAGUGUUUCUGUCGCUCUCGUUACCUUAUCGGUACUUUCAUGGGGUUUCGUUUAUGGCUUUAUAACGUUCUACUGCUUUGCCGCUACUGACGAUUAUUAUGAAUAUGCUAAUGCAUCGGUCUACGCAAAGUUUGGAGUGGAUGCUCACAGUCUGUCCUUCUUCUGCAUUUUCACCCAUGUAUGUUUGGAAAGAAUGUGA